AGACUUUGCGGAAUUUGCUCAAAUGACUGCAUGUUCAGUGUAAUUUUAUACUCAAAAAGAAGAGUCACGAUUUGUUAGCCAAUUGUGAGAAUCGAACGAAAAAGCAUCACUUCCCUUAAAUAUGGAUUUGAAUAUAAUGAAAUUUCUAAUUUUUACCAUUUUUCUGCAAUGCACUUUUGCCGACAAUUGGUGUACCAGAGUGGUGCAUAGAACCUACAAUGUUGAGAAUGACGAUGGAACUUUGCAGCCAAAAAACAUUACAAGAAAUGAACGUUAUUGUUGCGAAGGUUACUAUCUAAACGAUGGCGACUGUGCCCCAAAGUGUGUGGAAAAUUGUCCAAAUGGAAAAUGUGUUGCACCGGGCGAAUGUGUUUGCAAUGAGGGUUACAAUUUGGAUGUAGAAAGUCAGAUAUGUCAACCCGUUUGCUCCAUGGAUUGUGGUUUUGGCAAAUGCAGUAAACCGGAAUUCUGUGAAUGUUUUGAAGGCUAUACCUAUGGAUUGUCUAGCAUCGUUUGUAAUCAAGCCAUUUGCAAGGAACCCUGCCAAGAAUUUAGCACUUGUGUUAGGCCAAAUGAAUGUGAAUGCAUGGAGGGAUAUCGUUCCAUUGCAAAUAACACCAAAUGUGAACCGAUAUGUGAAACGGGAUGUCCAAAUGGCGUGUGCAUUAAACCCAACAUGUGUGCCUGUAAUCUAGGCUUUUCAAUGAACUUCACCCUUAGAAGUUGUCAAGAAAACAUAUGUGAGCUGCCGUGUCCCGAGCAUGGUUAUUGUGAAGUCAAUGGCCGAUGUGAUUGCAUUGAUGGUUAUAUUAUAUCAAUGUUCACCACAGGUCCAAAGGUAUUGUGUGAGGAACGUUUACCGCAUGCCCUCAAGUUGUUGGCCAUAUUUUUGGCAUGUACCCUUGUCUUUGCCAUUAUCAUAAUGAUUAUUGUAAAAUGUAUGACUCGAAAAGUGGACUAUGAACCGCAAAAAGUCGAAGAGAAAUAUAAAAUCAAACACACAGCCAUGUAAAGAUAUAGCGCAGACGAAAUAUUUUAGAUUUAUUUUUAUAUACAAGCAUUUGUUAAAAUGAUAAUUAAUGAGUAAUAUAAUUUAUUUAUAAACAAAAA